CCCCACCCCUUGGGCUGGUGGGGGCAGAGCCAGAGGCCAAGGGGUGCCAGGUCUUGUUUGUGUGUGUUUGUGGGACUUGAGUUUCUGAUAGAUGAUAAUCAUUGCCAGGCCUCCCCAGCUGGAACUGGAGCAGGCACAGUGCCAGGGCCUACCGCCCUCAGGACAAGUAUAAGAGCCAAAGAGGACCUGGAGCCGGGCCAGGACAGAGGUGCCAGCCACCUGCAGGGACACCAGGGUGCAGAGCUAAAGCUGCGGCAUUCAGACCGCCAGGUGGGCAGGGUCGGCUCUGGAAGUGGCCCCCUGUCUGGAAGGUCUGGGAGAUGCCCUAAGGAAACCACUGGGCUGCACUGGUUGGAGGAAGUCACCCGAAGUUUAACUCAGCAGGGGGCGCUUCCUCCCGGCAGGACUGAGGCCUCGCUCGCUCACUGCUGGCGGCUGGAUUCAGACAGGAGAAUGAAAGGACUUCGCUGGCGUUACACUCGGCUGCCCAGCCAAGUGGAGGACACUCUAUCUGGAGAGGAGGGUGAGGAGGGGGAAGAGGAAGAGGAGAAGGAGGCAGCCCCAGCUCCAGCCCCAGCUCCUGAAGAUCCCGUGGAGCCCCAGUUGGCAGAAGCCAGCCAGGUUCUGGGAGCCUCAGAGAUUAGGCAGCUCAGCCUCCACCUCCCCCCGAGAGUCACUGGAUAUUCUUGGAGUCUGGCCUUCUGCACGGCAAGGGACGGCUUCAGUCUGCAGAGCCUGUACAGGCAGAUGGAGGGCCACAGUGGGCCUGUGCUGCUGGUGCUGAAGGACCAGGAUGGGCAGAUAUUUGGGGCCUUCUCCUCCUCCGCUUUUCGACUCAGCAAAGGCUUCUAUGGUACUGGCGAGACAUUCCUCUUCUCCUUCUCCCCACAGCUGAAGGUCUUUAAGUGGACAGGAAGCAACUCUUUCUUUGUGAAAGGAGACUUGGAUUCACUGAUGAUGGGCAGUGGCAGUGGCCAGUUUGGGCUGUGGUUGGAUGGAGACUUGUAUCACGGAGGAAGCCACCCCUGUGCGACCUUCAACAAUGAGGUGCUGGCCCGGCAGGAGCAGUUCUGCAUCAAGGAGCUGGAGGCCUGGGUUCUGAGCUGAUGGCCCCACAGUGGGCAGCUUCCUGAGGUAGCAGGUGCUCCGACCUGCUCAUGGAUGCCGUCCAGGCCCUUACACGGGGCAGGCCAUUCUGUCCAAAACACAAUGGUGAAGUGUCCUAGUGCCGACUGUGGCUGUGAGCCAGCCUCCCGGUGGCCUGGGGACCCAAGACAGGCACGGGGCCGAAACGGAAGGAGCGAAAGCCAAUUACACCUCACCUGAGCAGGGCAAAGUCCCUCAUGAAAAUUAUCUUCUAAAAAAUUAUGCAAUGAAUACAUGUUUAUUGUAGAAAAAAAAACAGAAGACAUUAAAAACUUAAAUUGCCUAAAAUUUAACCACCCCCCAAAACACUACCAUUUUCAUGUACAGUGGGGCCUUGACUUAGGAGUGUCCCGACUAACGAGUUUUUCGAGAUACGAGCCGUCUCUCGGCCGAUU